CCCUAAGUCUCCAACGAGGUCACUUUGAAGGUCCUGGCAGUCGGUUUUCAUGUCGAUCAUCGUUACUCAGCUUUGCUUUGCUUUGAGCUUUGUCAUGCUGUUCAAGUAUCACAGUAUCAACCAGGGUGGCAGAUCAGCUGACUGCGUCCCGUGCGUGCAACCUAUAAAUCCAGGGAAAAAUACAUGGAAAUACUAUGACUAUCACUGUCCAUACUGUUUGCUCAUUUUCUUUACAUUAAAUGCAGGGUUUCCCGGAAUUCACCUGUUUGAAGUUCCAAUGGCCGCUCAGUGUCGCCCGUCCCAGGCAUGAACGGCACAAGCUGGUUGCCCAAGAAGCUGUGAGAUCCAAAGAAACCUUUUCUGAGUUAUAUAAAUAUAUAUAGUAGAAAGUAUGUUGAAAAAAGAAGGUACUAGGGGCUCCUGGCCGUACUACUAGGAGCAAGGACGCUACUUAGGAGCGAUCGGACGCUACGUUCAGGGCAUUAUAUAAUACCUUGAGUCCCAGCCCUGGAAGUCCAAGACUAAAUUGUCAGGCGCUGACCCUUUCUUUGGAUCCCAUCGUAGAGUCAACCUUGAUUUCUAGCGUUGGCGUUGCACUUAUAGUCACUGACGUUGCUUGCUUCUUGCAUGUUUUUGUCCUAGUGGGAAUGUCUUUAUAAACGUGUUCUAGUGGACCUUUUGUCAUUUCUUGUGUUCGAGGUCCCUUAGGCACAUCCAAGAAUCACACCAUCGAAGUUGCACGUCCUCGGUCGGUCUCCCACUGCUUUUUGCUCUCUUGAGCUCCUAUAUGAUCAUAUAUAUAUAUAUAUAUUUAAAUCAACGUAGAUGAACCGUGGAUCUGCCAAGUUCUUCGUAGGUUUCGUAUGUCAAAGUCCGGCAGCUGGACGCCCCAAGGAGAUGAAGGGGACGCGUCCCUACUUCCGGCCUUUUCCUUUGCUCCGUGUGUGUUUGACUGGUUGCGCUAAGGAAGAAUCCUCAGAUUGCGGCGGGCAUCGUCACCACUGGCUCCGACUUCGAAAAGAUGUUACACAAGAUGUUAACCUACGAGUUUUUGGGCAAGGAGGUGUUGUCUGAGAUGGAGCGGGACUGGUCGGCCGCACCCGUGUCACCCUCAGGUGAUGGCUGGUUCGGACACUAUGGAAUGGGUCAUUGGUUCGACUGUAUGGGCUAUGCAGCUGGUCAGGGCUCUGCGGGCGCCUCGGCGCCUUUGUCCUCCUGGUGCCAGGCCGAAAGCAUCCAAGCUGGUCCAGGUGCCUUUGGCUUCUUUCCAUUGAUCGAUCGAAAGAGAGGCUAUUACAUGCAGAUCGUUCUCAAGGAGGAUUCCAAGUGCCGGAGCGAGGUGCCAGAGUACUUGUGGAUCUUAGCGAAGCCUUUGGUGGACGCCAUCCUGAGCCAUGAGCCCAUCACCGAAGAGGGCCUUUUGCAGAGCCAAGGCGGAUUGCUCUUGCGCGAGAUUUACGACAUCUACAAGUCUUUGCCACCGAGAUGUUGGCCUUUGAAAGACGAGGACGGCCACAUUGACCCACAGGUAUUUCAGGUCUGAUGUGGACGAGCUGCACAUGUAUAUCUGAUGCGGUCUGAUGAUGAAAAGUCGUUGUUCAGGUCUACCCCUUGCCUCGGAGACCCUCAGCACCCUCGUAAAGUUGGAAAUAGAGGCUGAGACGACAACCACCUGUGCAAAAUGUUUGGCAGUAUGAGGGUCGAUGUGGUCACCAAUGUGGUCGUUUUCUUUCUGAAGGGGGUAUUGGAUGUACAUUGCUUCUCUUUAUCUGCAGAAAGGCGAGCCUUUUGAUGCUUUGCCCACUUGGGGCGAGUCUGUGCAAUUGCGCCUGUG